GAUAAAACAAAUUAGGAGAAAUGUAUGCCUAGAGGUAAAGAAGGGAAAUAAAUCUUGCCAGUCAUUACAAAGAGAGGGUCAAAGAGAGAUGUGGGAGAAGCCUUAGUUUGCACACAGUACACUCUUACCACAGACCCAGACUUUUGUGUGUUGGCUCAUUUAAAAGGACUGAUAGUGUAACUGCUCUUAUGCCAAUCAGGUCACCCAGGUGGGAAUUCCCCUGCUUAUGUUGUCGAGGUUGAGAGGUGAAGUGGAAACGGAACAGCAGCCUGAGAGGAAGCUGGCCAGAGUGAUCAUCAAGAGAGAGACAAACACAGCAUAAGUUAACUGGCAUGCAGGCACUGGAGCUGCAGGUGGCACCUCUGGGAAUCUUUUCAGCACUCAGGCAAUAUAAUGAGGGCAUUGAGCUUCUGCACAAGUUGUGGAUUGACGGUAGCAAUCUCAGUGAGUAUGAGCAGGGAAGUUUGAAAUCAAUUAAGCAGAUAAAUCACAUGAUCAUAAAUAUAAGAAGUAUUAAUACAUUCUCAGAAAUCGUUAGGGAUCUUGUGCACUCUGUUGCUUGGCUGGAAGUGAGAAGAAUAGCGUUCAGUAUUGCUUCAGAAAUGCAAGAAUUGAGAGUCAUGUCUUCAUCUUUUGCAAAGAAAAUUACUUUUAGACAGGCUUUACUAACAGAUACUACCGUGCCUGAGAUUGUCAGCAUUUUAGAAGACAUGCCAAAGUUAGUGGAGCUGGAGCUGAUAGACUGUAGACUCUUGGGAACUGGACAGUGGAAAAUGGAAAUUCAAGCAAAGAAAUCACAGACACUUAGAAUUUUCACAAUAAAGAAAUUAUCUAUAGAAGAAUUUUACUUGUUUACAGAUCUUCAGGCUGUGGAAGGUCUACUAUCUCCUUUUACAAGGGUUACAGUUCAAAACACUAAGGUUUUUUUGGUACCAUGCAGAAUUUCCCAACAUCUUCAGUCGUUAGUAUAUCUUGACCUUAGUGCAAAUUUACUUGGAGACCUGAGUUUACAACAUUCAGCCUGUCAGGGUGCUUGGCCAUCACUGCAAACUCUAAAUUUAAGUCAGAAUUCACUGAAUGACUUAGAAAUGACAAGUAAAAGCUUAUCUCAUCUAGGAAACCUAAUUGUUUUAGACAUAAGCCUAAAUAAUUUUGGUGAGAUUCCAGAUGCAUGUGAAUGGCCAAAACUGCUGAAAUAUUUAAACCUGUCCAGCACUCAAAUUCCUAAAGUAACAACCUGCAUUCCUCAAACGCUAGAAGUUUUGGAUGUCAGUGGAAACAACCUGAAGGAGUUUGGGCUGCAGCUGCCAUUUCUGAAAGAGCUGUACCUCACAAGGAACCAGCUGAAGACCCUGCCGGGUGCCGCACCCAUUCCAAACCUGGUGUCCUUGUCCGUCAGAAGAAACAAGCUGAACAGUUUCUCCAAGGAGGAGUUUGAGUCCUUCAGGAGAAUGGAGCUGCUGGAUGCCAGUGACAACAACUUCAUCUGCUCCUGUGAGUUCCUCUCCUUCAUCCACCAGGAGGCCGGGCUAGCCCAGGUGCUGGUGGGGUGGCCGGACAAGUACGUGUGUGACUCUCCGCUGGCGGUGAGAGGGGCGCAGGUUGGCUCCGUGCGCCUCUCCCUGAUGGAGUGCCACAGGUCCCUGGUGGUGUCGUUGAUCUGCGUCCUGGUGUUCCUGCUCGUCCUGCUGCUGGUGGCCGUCGGCUACAAGUACCACGUGGUCUGGUACCUGCGGAUGACGUGGGCGUGGCUGCAGGCCAAGCGGAAGCCCAAGCGCGCCCCGCCGAAGGACGUCUGCUACGACGCCUUUGUCUCCUACAGCGAGAACGACUCCGAGUGGGUGGAGGACACCAUGGUGCGGGAGCUGGAGCAGGCCUGCCCUCCCUUCCGGCUCUGCCUGCACAAGCGGGACUUUGUGCCGGGGAAGUGGAUUGUGGACAACAUCAUCGACUCCAUAGAGAAGAGCCGCAAAACGCUCUUUGUGCUGUCCGAGCACUUUGUGCAGAGCGAGUGGUGCAAAUACGAGCUGGACUUCUCGCAUUUCCGCCUCUUUGAUGAGAACAACGAUGCGGCCAUUCUCAUCCUCCUGGAGCCCAUCCAGAGCAAGGCAAUUCCCAAGAGGUUCUGCAAGCUGCGGAAGAUCAUGAACACAAAGACCUACCUGGAGUGGCCUCUCGAAGAAGACCAGCAGCAGAUGUUUUGGUUUAAUUUGAAAAUAGCUCUAAGGUCCUAGACAGGGACAUUAAGAAAUAAAUAUGUAAUGAAUUUACUCUGUA